GUACAAGUUUAAUUCAUCACAUGAGCCCCUCCUGUCGUAAUGUGUCAUGUGUUUUAAUGUUGAAUUUUCGGUUUUAUUCGCAACUAAUAAAACCUUGCCUUAUCUUGUUGAAGAAUGUGGGGUUGUGAACGUGACAUGCGUGUUAUGAGAUUUUUCACUUGAUUUUGAGGGAGAACCCCAACAAAAGAAUAAUCACUAUUUGAAACUCGGAGAAUCCCCCAACCAGCUUAGUCAUGAUGCUCCGUCAACUCGGCUCAAUAGCUCUGGCUGUACUCGCCUUGCUGCUUGUCCAGAAUUGUGACCCAGUCUCAGCGGACUUGGCCAGCAAAUCCAACCUGUCCAUAUCUACCCAAGCCCUGACUAUCGAGAAUGGCAAAGCGGACGCCUUUUACUUGCAGUCCCGCAUCAGGUUGGCCGAGCCAGCCACUGUGUUUUUCAACAGCACUGAUAGCACAAUCGCCGAGGCUGACAUGACAGUGGAAAUACCUCGUAAUGAUACAACCACCAAGGUCAAAGUGCUUGUUUUUACCAACAUGAGCUCAGCCGUGGGGAAAGUGACAAUCACUAUGAAGUCCACAGAUGAACAGCUUGGAAGCUUGUCCAUGCUCUUUGUCAAGGUGCAAGUCGUCCACAGUUUCUCGCUGAAUGUCGUCAUCAUCGUGGUAGGCUGGAUCUACUUUGCGGCCUGGACCAUCUCCUUCUACCCGCAAGUUGUGCUCAACUUCCAAAGGAAAAGUGUUGUUGGGCUCAAUUUCGAUUUUCUUGCGUACAACAUUGUUGGCUUCACCGCGUAUGGACUGUUCAACAUUGGCAUGUUUUGGAUAACUCACGUUCAGGAUGAGUAUCAAGCCAAGAAUCCAUACGGUGUCAAUCCCGUCUUACUCAACGAUGUCUUGUUCACCUUGCACGCCGUGGCCAUUACGGCUGUCACCAUCUUCCAGUGCCUCAUAUACGAUAGAGGUGGCCAGAGAGUGUCUCGUGUUUGUAUCCUUCUCUUAGUCAUAGCCGGCUUGUUCUCCAUCAUCACGCUGAUCAUCACAGCCGCUAGCCACGAACGGAUUAUCAACUGGCUUACCUAUCUCUACUACUUCUCCUACAUCAAGCUAGCCGUAUCCAUCAUCAAGUAUGUGCCACAGGCCUGGAUGAAUUUCAGAAGGAAGAGCACGGUGGGUUGGAGUAUCGGCAAUGUCAUGCUGGAUUUCACCGGUGGUUCCUUCAGUUUACUACAGAUGUUUCUACUGUCUUACAAUAACGAUGACUGGAACUCCAUCUUCGGCGACCCCACCAAGUUUGGUCUGGGUUUCUUCUCCAUCCUCUUCGACGUGCUGUUCAUGGUGCAGCAUUACAUCCUGUAUCGCGGCAGGAGCCCGACGGUGAGCGACGGCGACGUGGAUAAGGAUCACGACACGGAGAAAGAAAAGCUGGUGGAUGCGACUAGUAGCAAAGAAAGCAUCAACUAUGACUAGUGAUGAAUGUGUCUAGUUUUUCUCCAGAGUUGUAGACAUGGGGCUAAUUCCAUGAUAUCGCUAAUUAAACACCGCAAAAAAAGAAAAUCCACACUCAUUUGAGGUGUCAUAAUUUUGAAUCUUUUUGUCUAAUGAUGACGUCAUUUACAUAGACUUUUGGGG